CGUAGUAGUUCAAUGAUGCUCGCAGUGUCUAUACAAUUUUAUCUUUGAAUCAAGAAAACUGGUAAUUUAUUGAAGGAUUGAACUUUCCCAGAGAGCGAUAAUUUUUCACAUUUUUGUUCAUUGGAAUGGAUUGAAAAUUAAUUAAUUAAUUGUACAUUUGGUGAAAAAGUUUGAUUUGGAGAUUAAUUGAUGUGGAGUUGUAACGAUUGUGUCAUGUUGAGACGAGUUUUGGAUCGUCAAAACGAGCGUCGUCGGGCGGUACAAGAUGAAGUAAUCGAAGGAUCUAGCACUCCUCGACGUGGAAGUUAUUUGGAUCUUCCCAGGAUGCGGUUAAUAGACAAACAGGCGCAACUCGAACCAGUACCAGUCUAUACUGUGUCCCCGUCUUUUCAGAAGACCCACCCCUUUCAUCUCAACAGCUUUAACUCGAAAGGCAACUGCCAGAGUACAACAGACAGAUUCAUCCCAAAUAGACGCACCCAAAAUUUUGAUUUCUCAAAAUACUGUUUGAUGAAGAGAGAGACGCAGGUCGAGAAGGAUGCGUCUGGUAAUAGUUAUAUCGAUGUGAUCAGCCAGAUAAAUUCCUUGGAGUCCACGUGGCGGAAGCGUCUCAUGAUACGAGCGAUAAAAGGACUCGACGUUUUAUUGGAUGUUACUAAUAAUAAAAGAGUCUUGAAUAUGAGUGGAAAAACUCGGCUCAAAGAGAUGGUUGGUAGAAGGAUGGAUCAUAGAAAAAGGGAUAGCGUCGUUGAUGAGUACGAAGAGAAUCUUUGGAAGGUUAAACCAAGAAGCAGGCCUUUACUUGAAGAACACAAUCAGAGGAUCAGAAUGCCGAAUAGAUCUAGACCUUCUUACGGAGCUAUUGAUUGGGGCUCGAAAAAUUGCAUUGUUGCCCCAGUGGAUGUCAAUUUACAUUUUUUCGCGAUGGACGACUCAGAUGCAUCCCACAUAAGUAUUUCAGUGGAAUCCUCAUUCCCAGGGUCUCGAGAGGUAAAAUGUAUCAAAUGGAAUAAUGCUGGAAAUCAGAUCGCCAUGUAUUCGAAAAGUUAUACAUUAUGUGUAUUCGAUGUUUCAUCAUCUAAAGUAUUAUGGAGCGAGGAGUGUCUUUGUGAAGAUUGUGAUAUUACUUGCCUCAAUUGGAGUAUCGACGAUGAAGAAAUUGUUGUAGGCUGCACUUCGGGGAUGAUAUCACUCUUCCGGACCCGAGAAUCUAAAAAAGAGCGUUUAAUUGAACGGCUCCCAUCCCAUGAUGGAAUAGUAUUGAACCUCGCCAUAUCCCCUAAUAAUCGGUAUCUGGCAACUUCCGGCAUGGAUAAAUUAGUCCGUAUCUACCUCUAUCCGGCAAUGAUUCUUUACCUCCAGAUUGGUUACUAUGAUGCACCACAGGCAUUCGCUUGGCACCCUUGGGACUUGAGAACACUGUGCAUCGGAGGUGGUCAAGGCGAUGGCUCUCUGUCCCUGUGGGACAUGCAGAGACAGGAGUCCAUUGGCUAUAAACGAGUAGCCUUUUUGGGCCAUGUGAAGAACAUGAAAUGGAACAAGAUCAGCGGAGAACUAGUCGUGCAAUGGUACUACUGGGAGGGCGAGAAACGUUUUGUCACUAUCCCUGUAUUGGCUAGUUGGGAUAGGAUUGUCGAUGUGGCACAGUGGAAUACACGGCAUGGAACGAAUGCUUUCAAUAUUAUUUGGAGUCCAGAUCAUACGAAAAUGGGAAUCCAAUUAUCAAAUGCCUUAUUAAUCUGGGAUUUUUUUGGUCAUCAAGAGUACGCUUGGAUUACUGACACCAAAGAAAAGAAGAAAACUGCAUUCUUCCAGAACAUGGAAAGUAAAUUGAAUAGCCUUUGUAUUCGGUGAAUGAUCAUGGCACUGCGAUCCGCAUUUGAAAUCUCUAUCGAGCUAGAGCUGUUUUUCAACGUGCAACUUAAUCCAAUAUGUGCGUUCCAAAUGAAAAAAAAUGUCUUGCUUAUAAAUAAAAUUCUUGCUUAUGA